AUGGCGCUGCGCGCGGCUCCCGGCCGCUGCCGUUGGCUCGCGCGCGCGCUCGCGGCGCCGGGGGCGGUUCGGGUCCCGCCGCCUGCCGCCGCUCCGGCCUCGGUCCCGGUCCUGUAUCCGGCCGCGCUCUGCCCGCUCCGGCCCGCCGCGCGGUUCGCCAGCACCGCCGGGCAGGGGCCGGAGGCCGAGGGUCCGCAGCGGCGGGUGGUGGUGGUGAGGAUCACCAGCCCCUUGGCCUGGCUCCGCACCCGCUUCUAUUACCUCCUCAUCCGCCUCUACUUCGACCAGGAGUUCAGCAUCGAGGAGUUCACGCGGGGGGCCAAGCAGGCUUUUUCUGUUGUUUCAAAGCUGCUAUCUCAGCGUAAACUUGACCUGCUGGAUGAACUUGUAUCAGCAGAGGUACUUCAGGUGCUGAAGGAAAAGCUGUCUUUGCUCCCUGACAACCACAGGGAUGCUUUAGCAGCUGACAUUGAUGCAAUCAUGUACACAACAGAAGGAGAUGUUCGCAUUUACUAUGAUGAUGAUGGAAGAAAGUUUGUUAGUAUCCUGAUGCGUUUCUGGUAUCUGAAUGGUGCUAACCUACCUGAUGAAGUACCAGGUGAAACCAAAGUUUUCCAGAUUGUGUUUGGAGAUGAAAGCACAAAAGAGAAAAGACAUCUUUUAACAGCAAACUAUGAGUUCCAAAGGGAAUUUACAGAAGGAGCAAAACCAGACUGGACAAUUACAAGGAUUGAACAUCCAAGGCUAUUAGAAUAAAUGCCUUCUACUGUCUUUUUAUGUACCAUUGUAAAUGUUCUGAUGUAACAAAUAUCAGGCUUUUUUGUCUCUCUUUUCCCUUCCUGUCUUCUCCUCCAAAAGAGGGAUGAAUUUUGUAUGUUUGAUUUCCCAGAAUUCUUUCUGAAACUCACACUGUGCUGUGGCAUUACAAUAAAGCCUUUUCCCUGGAGCAGACUAGUACAAGUUUAAUUAGUGCUAAUGCUCAUCCAAGGCAUUUACACAGCAUGGUUUCACGCAGGCCGGUAUUACCAGUGUGUCAACUUCUUAUAUUCUGAGAAGAAAUGGUACUACUUGAAGAUAAACAACACUUUUAUGGCUAGUGGCCCUUCUGAGUUAUUUUCAUAUGUUUCUUUUUUCCCCUAGGGACUGUACAAUAUAUAACUGAAUAAUAUGCAAGAUGAACUAGAGGUAGAUGGACUUCUUAGAUUGUCUAGCCUCAGCAGUUCAUUUUGAGGUAAUCUUGCUUUUGAAUAUGUUUGAGAUUAAGAAAGUUAGAGCCAUUAUCAGUAUUUGGUACAGGAUUGGAGUAAGAAAAAUCUUUUAGCAUUGCACUGGGAAAAUGGAUCAAAGAUAUAUAUAUAUAUAACUGUAUUCUGAAAAACAUAAACAGCAUUUCUUUCAAUUCAAUAACAGGCAAUUCAAUACAGGCAAUUCCAAGUUUAGAGGUUUAGGAAAUAAAAAUCAGUUGAAAACAUGAAUUUAAGAGUGAAACUAAAUGAAGUCCUCUAUUUCAAACACUUGUCGAAGAAAUGAGCAAAUCAUUAAAAUUAGAUGUUGCAACUUAACGGUUUCUCAAUUUUCAGAUUAUCUCUGUUUCUGGAACAUGAGAUCCUUGGUGUAAGUAGCUUGAGAUUUUUAUAUACAGAUUAACAGGAGAUCAUCAUAACAGGGUUUCUUAUCCCCUAUCUCAACUUUAAAGCUAAAGCUAACUGUCCACCCAAGCAUGUUGUACAGAUUCGUGCAGUGUUUUGGAAGUGUAAGAUAAGUAUAAUUACUGUGAUUCACAAUAGUUGUGAUUGAUAAUUAUAAAUUAAAUUUUCCAUAGUUCAGCUCUUCUGAUGCAGUGAUUUAAUGAGAAGAAUGUUUAACACUUAAGUUUUUCUGUCAAAUCCUGGCAAAAUAAUUAUGGUAUUUUGCUCUGCCUUAGCAGCAGCAGCCUGGCCUUGAAAUGGAGAAUUUGUGAUUUGUCCUCUGUACAAAGUUCAGUGAUGACAGAGUGUCUCAUCUUCAGGAGAGGAACAAAAUUCUGUAUCUGAAAUUAUAUAUAGCCAUUUUGUAUGCAGUCAGUCUGCAAAAGUUUGAGGCAAAACAAAAAAUGUUUUUUAUUCUGUGGGCCGUUUGCUGAGUGAUGCUAAAUGGUAGCAUGUCCAGUUUGGCUACUGAAUGAUGUGCUGCAAGAAGCUGCAAUCAGCCGUAUUUAACAUAGUGACAGGAGAAACAAGCAGAACAAAAGAUGACAAAAGCCAGUGAAGCCAUCUUUAUAUUCAGGAAGGUCUGCUUUCACAUUAAAGUAACAGAGGUCUAUCUAGAAGUGCUGGUAUAUCUUCAUUUUUAAUUUGGGUUACUUUAUUAGUAUCUUUUUGUUUGUUUGUUUGAUUGGAUAUAUCAAAAUGGGAGUAUCUGUGAUGACUGAUGAAGGAUUGCCCUUUUACUAGUGAGUGCUCCAUCUUUGGAAGCAAAGGCAGAGUAGACCCUUCUGUAUGACUAAUAAUGAAAAAAGAUUUUUUGUUUUGUUCACUAUAAAAUUGUGACUUGAUAUGAACAUGCUCCAAAUUGAUGAUAACACAGUUUUGCUGGGGAAAAAAAAAAAAGUCGUCAUUGGAAAUUUACACGCACUAUUUUAUUCUUUCAAAGUUUUAUUUGUCUUGUGGGUUGCGGGGUGGGGGUGGCUGUUGGAUGUUUGGGUAUUUUUCCCUUCUAAUCUUCAUUCUUAAAAUUAUCCUGGAGACUACAAAUCUCUAUCAGAUGCAGAACUACCUAUGGCCUUAUUGCACCAAAAAUAAAUUGGAAAGGCACAUAAAUUACUAAGCUUACUGAAAGUGGUUUGCUUCCACAGUCAAUAAAACUGGUAUCAUUAAA